UUGAAAAGGGUUUUUUGUAAGUUUUAUAAAGAUUUAUUUUAUAAUUCAGUUUACAUGUACAGAAGUGCAAGUGUAAAUGUUGCGUUGGUUUUUGCACUGUGCGGCACGGUAACCUAUAGUCAGAUGCUACCGAACGUCGGCACAGUGCUCUACUCCAACGACGAUAAAACAAAAAACAAAUGGACCAGAGAUGACAUAGCUCUGCUCCAAGCUAGACGAUAUUCCCAACAUCUUAUCCCACCUCUAGACACCAGCGAUGAAAUCAAUGAAGAAUACAUCAAACGCUUGCUAACAUACUUCAGAGAUAUUUACAAAACGAUCAAAAACGUAAGCCCGGACCCACAAAUAAAUGACAUUAUAACCACCGCAGUUUCCGAUACAUUAGGAGGGUACUUAAAACAAUGGCUCCUACCUAUCACUAAGUUCGCAUUCUACAGCGGUACAGUCAGCAAAAAGAGUGCAAUGAGAAUGUUCAGUUUCUAUGAAGAUGUUAAGAAAUACCUCGACACCGAUGGCAGUAGCUGGAGCGCCCCCAACGUAAGAGUCCUCAAAUCUGUCGCAAUCAAUAUAGCCCCACCUCCGAAGCUCACUUCUUCUGGUACUGGGCAGUCGCCUUGUGACAAUCUAGUUUACUACGAAAAAGAUGAUAAAGGUUUAAAAAUACCGAUGCCUAGUGUGACUUGGAGUAAUACCUCAUCAAUAAUGUUCCUGCCUCUUAAAAAUCAAUCCUUCAUGUUUCUAAAUUCACCAGAAUCUGGGACUAUACUAUUUCAAUAUUACGACACAGCAAAGAGUUGUCUAAGAUCUAUUAGAAUGGCAGACGAAGAAGAAUUCAAUAAACGCUUCCAAACUUGGCUUAUUAGCACAGUGUUGCCACACUUGAAUGAUGAGAACUUGUACUUCGGCUUAGACAGUGUACUUUGCUUAGUUAACAAGACGAAGGAAUUAAGUAAAGUAGCAGAUUUCUGCGAGAAACCUGCCAAACCAAAGGACGUGCAUUUUCAUUUUGCCUCAAAGAAAGUGGUAAUAGUAACGAUUAUACUAUUCCUAGAAAUAUGCUGGUGUAUUCCAGCUAUGAUUUAUAUAAAAUGUUCUCGAAAGAAAGAAAGAAAACGAGGUGGAAGUAGUUUUCUCCACGUGUGCGUAUCGCGUAAGGAAAAAUCAAUGACCACGGAGAGCUUAAUUGAAGAAAACAGCAUGCAUUUCAACAGACACAGCAACGAGGGGCCGGGAGGGAAAAAUUUUCCGAAGCUUCUACGAUAUUCAGAUCUAGGUAUCCAGCACGAUCCAUCGCAAAAGGCAACUUGCAUUUCUAGAACUGCAUAUCCUGAACCAGAAGACAAACCGUGCUCGACUAAAUCUCAUAUUAAGACCGACUGUAACAAAAAUCAGGGAGAAAGUGAGUACUGCUUUGAUUGCACAUCUAAUCCGACUAUUUAUACAUCGACUAGUAAAGCAUUAAGGCCAUCAAUUUACAGUACAACAAAGAAACUAGUCGCCGCUAAAACUGUUACUUUAUUUAAAAAUAGCAAAACAAACAAUUACUCUGACAUAGCAGAGAAAGACACCACCGAUAACAGAAUCUUAUGUCCUCCAAGAACUAACUAUAAAGAAACUCCGGUUAAAUUCAAAGAACCUGUCAAAUAUAAUACAUUUAUUCGUCCGAAAAAAAGUAAAAACAUUACCAUUUUAGAUAAAAAGGAGAGCAAUAAAACUGUAAAGAAUGAUUACGGUAAUAGAAGUAUGAAAGGGCAUAUGUACAACGAUCGAGCUCCUUUCGACAGAGCUCCGAAGUCAAAAAAGAUCACAUUAACUCAAAAAGGUGCUAAAAGUUAUGCGGGGAAACCUUACGGUGGUAUUAAACUUGAACGACAAGAGCCAGAAAUUUUGGACGUAAGUGAAAUAACGGACAAAAAUAAACCAGAAAUAACACUUAACCAAAUGUCUUGCAACAGAACUUCAGAUUUAUUUGUUGUCGGCACAAGCAUAGAUAUUAAAGAAGCACCUGAUAUUAAUAACGAGAAUAGUGGAAAUGUAGCUGAUAAACUUAAAAAGGAUAUAAUGAAAGACAAUCUUCUAAUGAUAGAGUCUGAAGGCAAACUAACAAUUUAAUCUUAGUAAAUUUAUUUAUAGAAUUAUUUUAAUU